GAUGUUACGAAAACAAGCGCUCCUCACAGCACACACCUUGUUCGCCCAGACAUCGGUUACCAAACCCUCGAGUUGACUGCGGCUGGAAAGCUGAGUUUGCGUUUGUCUUGUCCUUGGAAAAGGAGGUUUGGAUCAUCAGUCAUGCUGAAAGCUGUGGGACAAGUGUUGUUCUCAACUGGUCUGCAGAAUCCGAAAUUCACUGCAGAGGAGAAAAAGGGACAGGACUAUGAAAUCCGCACCUACCAGCCCACUAAGUGGGUGAGCACCUCUGUGAGCGGGAUGCAGCUGGAAGCAGCCUUGUCUACUGGCUUCCGUAGACUCUUCAACUACAUCCAAGGCAACAAUAAAAACAAGGCCAAAGUGGAGAUGACGGCCCCCGUGACGUGCCACGUGAAACCCGGGGCCGGCCCUGCGUGCGAAUCUCAGUUCACCGUAUCCUUCUACAUCCCAGAGGAGCAUCAGGCCACUCCACCCGAGCCCAACGAGUCCGAGGUGUUUAUAGAGCACAGGAAGGAGUUGACGGUGUAUGUCAGGACAUACGGUGGUUUCUCCAAUGAUAACAUGAAGCGUGAGGAGCUCCUGAAACUUAUGGAAAGUCUGAAGAGGGAUGGAGUCCAAUACGUCGAGAAACCGUACUACGUAGCCGGGUACGACAGCCCUUUCAAACUGACCAACCGCAGGAAUGAGGUCUGGAUCCUCAAGAACGAAGAGGAGCAGUAGAGCGUUCCUGGGUUACACUCUAUCCUAUCAAAAUGUUAGUGAUGGGAAUUUAAAUGUGAUGAUUCGAUACAUUUCAGUUUGACCAGAAAAAAAAGUUAGAUUUGCUACUUCCACUAAAAGUUACUGAUUACUCACUGGAAAACUUGAUAAGGAGACUAAUUACAUGACAACUAGAGGUCCUGUCGGCCAUAUGAAGCAAUAUAACCAGCAGGUGGAGCCAAGUAGUCAAGAAAAUGUUUCUUAUGUUAACAGAAAACCCCACAAGUGCGUCUUAAUUAAAACAAUAUUUUUUUUAAUGACUAUUUUAAAAUACACUAAUUUUAGGCUUUUAAUUGUGCAUGUUGCUAACCUCCUUUUUCACAGCAGAUGUUUUAGCCUAACAGGGCAGGGACAGCACCCAUGUAACCGAUAACAUUCACAGUGUGAGCCGGUUCCAGGGGGGCAGUGUAGGCUGGCUCACUGUGGGAGCACACUGUGUACCUUUCCUGUGUGCGACGGACACGAAGCUUCUUGCUUUUCAUUUACACGCCUACGCUAGCAGGUGAGAGCAGCCACGUGUCACUCAGGCGACGCUGCUUAGAUUUGGCGUGUCAUCAGAUGUUUCCAUCAACAAAGAUCUUGAAGUCAUGCUGACACCAUAAAUAUAUCUAUUUUAGGAUCACUGGCUGCACUCAGAAUAUGUGAGACUUGCAAAAGUAAACCAGAAUAUAUAUAUAUAUAUAUAUAUAUAUAUAUAUAUAUAUAUAUAUAUAUAUAUAUAUAUAUAUAUUUUACCAAUUCUUCAAUUGCAUGUAAAGAAAGAAGGCAACAUGUGUAUUGUGCACCCUCUUCCUCCUGAGGUAGACUUUCCUGCAGGUCUUAAUGGAAAACUUACUGAAAACAAUUAACCCAUAAUCAUGAAACAAAAUUUCAAACAAACAGUUUCAGCUGCUUUUUCCUGCAACGUCAAGUCGAAGCCUUUGCUAUGAAAAAUGUUCAAAUAACAUGGCAACUAACUACUACUUGUUUACACUCACAUAUUGAUGUGACAGGACUGUGUGUAGGAAACAAAGAAAGCAAAGGAAAUGUUCGUAUUUGGUUCUGAAGCCAGUCCUGAAAUAAUACCAGUGCCUUUAUGGACAUUAAAACACGGAUAAACCCAGUCAUCGCUGUGUGUAAAAGUGCAGUCUGAAGGCUAUUAGAUGCAACUGUGAGGCUUUGUCAGUCAGAGUUAUGUGAAUCAGCGGUCAAAAUGGGGGAAAAAAUAGUGUUUUGCAGUUUAGUGAGGACUCACAGUCCAUAAAAAAAAAAAGUAAAUCCACACAAAAAUUAUCAGUGCAUCUAAAAGUGCAGAAGCCUCAUAUUUGUUUUCAUUGAACUUUGGAGUAUAAUAUUUGCACACGCCACGAGUUCAGCCUGUGAAAAUGUGUCUCCUGGUACUUGGAUUUGAGUCGCGUUAUAGAAAGGGAUCGCAUCAAAUCCGUUAUGACCAGAGGGAUCAAGUGCAAGGGAUUAAGCAUUAAACAUAUUUUGACUUUGUAGAUCAGCUGCACAGUUUAGCAGAAGGUUUUGUUGUCAGUCAGCUCUGGCGCUGGGAAGGUGACUCUGCCUGGCAGGCGGCCGAGCGUCGUUAAAUCUCAGUUUAUCUGCUCUCAGACCUCACUUACUGCCACUGCGACCGCAUCUGCAUCCAUUGUGAUGAAUGGCUGGGCCCGUCACAUCACACGUCUCAUAAGCUGUCAUUUUUGUCGAAUAUAAAUGUGUGUUUAACCAGCUUUGUGCUCAAUUGCUCAGACUGACCAUUUUUGGUUUAAUAUUGGCAAAGAGAGCUAACAAAAAUGUGCCUUUUUUCUUUUAUAUCUUCAUAUAAUCAUUAAGUGUGUGUUUAUUACUCAUGGUAGUACUUUUAUGAAGAAUGAUGGGACGAGCACUGCACUGAUAUGAAUAUUGGGAAAUUUGAAAGUUUAAAUAAUGUAAAUUGUGUUAUCUAAUCAAUAACUCAUGAUUAAACCAUUAUUCGGAUCAUAAA